CCAGCAGGACGCUCCUCGAAGACCUCCUUCUGCACGCUGAGCCAUGCGGUCGUUAGUCGCCCUCGUCCUCUUGGCGCAGCUCUUCAGCUGCAAAGCCACCUCGCCACCAUUUUUCCCUCCCUUAGUCCAUAGAAUCGUUGGCUGUGAUGACCCUGAGACUGAAGAAGCUGCUGCCGUAGCCGUGGACUACAUCAACAGCCACAGUCUACAUGGAUAUAAAUACGCUCUCAACGUAAUCGAGAAUGUCAAAGUGUUACCCAGGAGGCCAUUUGGAGAGCUUUGGCAUCUUGAACUGGACUUACUAGAGACUGACUGCCAUGUGUCGAACCCUAUGCCUGUUGCCAACUGUACCGUACGAAAACGGACACAGCAUGCUGUUGAAGGGGAUUGUGAUGUUCGCAUGCUCAAGGCAAAUGGACGCUUUUCUGUGACUUCCACUAAAUGCCAUUCAAGUCCAGAUUCAGCUGAAGAUGUUGUAAAAUUCUGCCCCGAUUGUCCACUUCUGGCCCUUCUGAAUGACCCUGCUGUGGUCAGCGCUGCUGAUGCUGCCCUUCUUGUGUAUAACAGCUUAGAAACUACUUUGGAGCACUAUAUGAUCACUGAGAUUGCCCGAGCGCAACACACACACAUGCCGCCGGCAGUCCAUGUGGAGUUUGCAAUUGGCAGCACGAACUGCACCCACCACGCCAAUGAGCAUGUGGAUGACAACUGCCACCUGGAGACAGGCAACCACUCACACGCUGGGUUCUGCAAGGCAACGGUCUUCAAGACUCUUAAUGAAUCUGGAGAGGUGGAGUGUGAGAUUUAUAAAGAGGCUGGACACAGCCGCAGCCAUAAGCACCUGGCUGGACAUCACAUUGGAGGAAACCUUCCUUCCCCUGGACAUGGCCACACUGUCCUUAACCUCAUUCAUUCCCACAAUAACACACUUGCAUCCCAUGAAUCCCAUGAAUCUGCCGAACGUGUUGUGCCCGCAGUACUACCUGCCGUGGUUAAAAGAGCAGCCGUAGAGGUUGCCAGCCCGAAGGGAACAGCAUCACCAGCAGUUCCUCUUGGGCCCCUGAAACUGUGUCCAGGGAGGACACGACAUUUCACUUUGUAGGAUUGGAGCCUUAAGGGAUGACCCUAGUGGUUUGUCUGGAGCACAUAACCCAUGAGUGAGAAUGCAGAGAAACCCUGAGACCACUGAGUGAAUCGCAUAUCUCUUAUAUAGUCCUAAGUUUGAACUGAAAUUCUUGACUCCAGGGAGGCUUCAUCCCGAUGCUACAGCAAAUAUCAGUAGCCUGCAAACAUAUUAUUAGAGCGAGCAUAUGUGUAUUCUGCUGAUUCGCUUUGUAAAUGCACAGAUUCUGCUGCCCACCACAGAAUUCGGCAUCCUCCAUCUCUACUGUCAUCUUUGUUUUAAAAUCUAGUUUAACUCCUGUGACUAGAGACACCAGUUGGGGGGAAAUGCAGAUAGAGCCUGAUGGAAUCCUAGGGCAGGAGUGGUCAAACUUGGAUCCCCAGAUGUUGUUGUUGGACUUCUGGUGCCAUAAUCCCCAGUCACAAUGUCAAAAGCCAAUUAAGGUUAGGGAUUAUAGGCGUUGAAGUCCAGUCUGGGACCCAGGUGUGAGAACCCCUAUCCUAGGAGGAGGACUUAGGAGAAUUUUGCAUAAUUCUUCAUCUCUUCCCUUUGAAAGCAAAAGCAGAAUAAGCUGUAUGCAAAUGCAGCCAUUCUUAUGCACAAUCUGGUGGGAAGCAAAGUUUAGAAGGAAGACUAUACAGGGCACUGAACAGAAGGGACCAAAAACUCCAUGAAAAAGAGCACAUCUUUUUGUGUUCUCCAAGUGAUUUUUUUUUUAAUAUCCACAAUUGCUAAGGCACAUUACAGCGUCAGUGAUGGAAAAUCUGUAUUCUGAAAAUAAGCAAACCCAAUGAUGGUGCUUCAUAAAUAAAACUCUAAACUCAAAA